GCGGGUGCGGUGACGCAGCGGUGACGCACCCGCUUCCAUCUUCGGGGUUUUGUUGAGCGAAGUGCGUGAAGUGGUGCGUCGCUGAGUAAUUAUUGCGGUUUGUACGCGCGAUAACAGUGGUUUACCGCUUUCGGUCGUGCCGGAGACGUACUUGACGAGAGUGUGUGGCUUUCGACACAGCCGGGAGGAAAGCAACGCCUCAGCGCGUUCGGGUGGACGGAGCAGCGCGGCUGCGCGGAACCGCGCGCGCGUCCGGCUGGGUGACUGGACCGUGGACACACAGGUUUCCAAAAAUGAUGGCUGGCUGCAGCGAAGUAGACCACUCCGUGAACUCCCUCGCGUCAGGCCGAAAGGGAGGCGGCGACGUGCGCUUGAGCCCAAGCGGUCCCACCCCUGUCGUACCUGAGUGCGCCAUCUGUCUGCAGACGUGUGUGCAUGCCGUGCAACUACCCUGCACACAUGUCUUUUGCUUCUUGUGCGUGAAGGGUGCUUCCUGGCAGAGUAAGCGUUGUGCACUCUGCAGGCGUGAGGUGCCAGAUGAUUUCCUGGAGCGGCCCACGCUACUGUCUCCAGAGGAGCUAAAGAUGGCAGGGCGAGACCAAGGAGAGUACGCGUGGUACUACGAGGGCCGCAAUGGCUGGUGGCAGUAUGAUGAGCGCACUAGCCGUGAGCUUGAGGACGCCUUCUCCAAGGGCAAGAAGAGUACAGAGAUGCUGAUCGCGGGCUUCCUCUAUGUAGCUGACCUGGAGAACAUGGUGCAGUACAGGCGCAACGAACACGGGCGGAGGCGCAAAAUGAAACGGGAUGUGGUGGGUAUCCCCAAGAAGGGUGUGGCUGGGCUGCGGCUAGACACUGAGACAGCAUCGCAGGUGCGUGAAAGCUCCGCUGAUGGGGCGGAUACCCCAGGCCUUCAGGGGUCAGGCGUGGGCCCAAGGCCCGCUCAAGUAAGACCUCCUACCUCGCUCGGAGCUCAGUCCAUCAAUCCCUCUGCUUCCCGGGCUGAUGCGAGCACCUCCUUGGAAAGCUCUUUCUCCCAGCUACAUAUUGGUCACUCUGAGGCCCGUGACCAGGUCAGAUAUGGAGAGGGUGAGGAAGAGGCAGGUGAAGGCCUGAACUCUCCAUCGAGACUCUCUUCAACGCCAAACACCUCUGUGAAUGAAUCUGCAUCAGAAAGCGAUAGCGAAGAGGAGGAGGAGCGAGAGAACGAAGAAGGUCAGCAGGAAGGAGCUUGGAGCAGCAGGCAGAGACUGAGGUUUAUGGUUAAUCUUGACCACAUGCACUUGAGGGAAAACCAGACAGAGAGGUCACCUCCAGGUGGCGCUCCCACCACCAGCAGCAGCAGUGCAAGCUCCAGAAGACCAGAUGGCCAGUGCUCAGUGACAGAAGUGUGAACUUGCUAACCAUGGAGCGCCAGCAUGUGACUGGUCAUCACCCGCAUCCAGCUUUCUUAAGGACACUCUGCAGUAUUUCACAGUAAUGGAGAAGCUCAAUCAGAUGACAAAAGUUCGUCACGCGAAGGAGAAGCCUCCUAUUGAAAUUACCCUGUUUUGCCUUUGAGUUCUGCUGCUUAUCCUAAGCUAACAGUGCUGAACUUGCAAGCUGUUUGUCCACAGGAGGCAGUCACUAUAUCUCAAGCUGGUUCUCUUACCUCUCGGAAACCCUAAUAAAUAUGAUACAGUGUUGUUUCAUGAGCACAACAUGGUCUUUGGGUGGUACAUUCACAUUCAUCUCUUGGCUGGUUUCAUGAUGUGAAGAAGGGUCCCAACAGCAUAUGUUGCAACAAGCAGCAGUUUUGGCUUCAGAAGCUGGUUUAAAUAGUUUUGUUUCAAUCUGUCUUGCGAGAAGAAAUGACUGCAGAGGACAUGGUGAAGAACUGAUGCAUAUCCAGAAUAGCUCAUCUUAAUUGAGCCAUGGAUGUAAGUGAAAUACUUUUAAUUUCUCUUGA